GCACACAUAAAUUUAUAAAUAAAAUUUGUGAAACUUAUCCAUUAUCAUAUGUUAAUAAAAUUAGGUUCUUUCGCUGAAGAAAAAGAGAGUCCUUCUCAAAUAUUUCCUCGCUUUGAUCUUAUUAAUAAAAUCUAUUUUGAUUGGAAUAAUAUUUAUGUAGUUAAUGAUCAUAAUUUAUAUGAUAAAUAUGGAGAAGUUUAUAUUAAUCACCAAAUAAUGGACUUUACAAUUUUUCAAAAUAAAAUUUAUGUAUUAAUUGAAAAUAGUAUGAUAGUUGUAAAAUAUCAUGAGUACAUGGAUAAAAUAAGAAUGCCUCAGAAUAAAUUGACUAAUAUAUAUUCAAAUGAACUAUUUAUAGUGUUAAAAAAUGAUAGAUGAACUAAAACUGAACAAAUGUCAAUUUAUUGAAAUAAUUAAAGUCAAAGAUAUAUCCAUAGGAAAGGAACAUAUAUUAUUAUUGACAGACAAUCUUAAUUUGUAUUCUUAUGGAAAUUCAAGACAUGGUGAAUUAGGUAUUGGGGAUUGUCAAAGUUCUGAUAAAUUAUAUCUAAUUGAUGCUCUUUCUGGGUUAAAUAUUGUUAAAAUAUCUGCUGGUGGAUGGCAUAAUAUUGUAUUAACUGAUACAGGCGAUAUUUAUACCUGGGGAUGGAACUUAAAUGGACAACUUGGGCUAUCCGAUUCUUGUGAAUUUUGUCAAAGUGAAUUUCAAAAAUUUACUGAAAUUGCAAAUAAUAAAAACAAACGCAAACAUGCUUCCAAUAUUCAAUGUCUCCCUCAUCCAAUUAUAAUUGGUGACGACGAUGAAAACGAGGUUAUUGUAAAAGACAUAGCAUGCGGCUCGCAGCACACGAUAGUUUUGACAGACAAUGAUGUUUUAUAUAGUUGGGGAUGGAAUAAAUAUGGCCAAAUCGGUGAAUAUGAAAUAGAAUUCCCUCAAGAAAUAAGGAUACCUCAAAAAAUGCCAUUUUAUAACCAAAACAAAAUAUUGAAACUAUAUGCGGGAUCAUGGUAUACAAUUGUAGAAACUGAAAAUUGAUUUACUCUUCAAAUGUUUUAUUUUUAAUUGAAAUCAUGUACAAUAAUAUAAAGUAUUGUUUAAACAUCGCACAACUUUUAUUUAUAAAAAAAUUACGAAUAUAUUUUUUUAGCUUCUAAUGACCACCGUAUAAUCUUCAAAACUACUUGUCUUGUUAUAUACUGUAUAGCAGUGGUUUUUGGAAGGGGGAAUGGAAGUUGACUUUGAAGAAUUAAGCAGGGAUGUAACACGAGUGAAAUUUUCCUACAUUUCAAUAUGUGUUUAAUAAUCACUAUUUUUUUACUAAAAUAUUUAUUAAUA